AUGAAAGAUAAUAUAAUUGCUAAAGAAUUAAAUAAAAAUGAAGGCAAAAACCGUUAUAAAUAUCAAUCCUUUAAAACUCGCGUAGAAAAUUUAAAGAUUGAUGUAUCACAUAGUAACAAAAAGACUCUUGAAAAAGAAUUACCAGAGGGUAUUGGUACUUACUUUGGAGAAUCUUUAGAAUCAUGGAAAGAACUCAACCUUACAUUACAUUUCAAAGCAUUUACUCGUGAAAUUUCAAAUUAUUGUCAAUCAUUGCCUCAACUAUUAUAUCAUAAAGAAAAGAUUGUAGAAAUCUUGGAGAAACAUCUUAAAGCUAAUUUUUUUAAACGUAUACUUAGUCUUGUUACGAAAUUUGCAAGAGAUUUAGAACUUGAUUUUUAUCCUUUUUUUGAAAGAAUAAUCACGGUCAUUUUACCUCUUACAAAACAUAGAAAUGUUGAAACGUUAGAGUGGACAUUUAAUUGCAUUGCAUAUUUAUUUAAAUAUUUAUUAAAACAAGUGACUGAUAAUUUAUGUUCUACCUUUAAGUUGAUGGCUCCUUUAUUAGGCAAAGAAUAUCAAAAACCUUAUAUACAACAUUUUGCUGCUGAAGCAUUUGCUUAUUUAUUGCGCAAGGCUCAAGAUGAUAAACUCACUAAUAUAAUAAGAUUCAUUAUUGAUUCAGCCAACGCAUCUCCAAAUGAUGUUUACUAUGAAGGUUUAAGCAUGUUAUUUUGUGAAACAAUCAAGUCUUCAGAGAAUAAAAUCCGUUCAAAGGGCACGAUACUGCUAAGAGAAUUAUUAGAUGUUUGUCAUCAAGAUUUAAUGAGAUUUGAUAAUGCUGAAAAAUAUCCGUGCCAUAUUAUUUUCACAAAGACAACAAUUGCUAUUCUUCAUCAUAGUAAAAAAGAAAGUUUCGUGCCGAUUCUAAAUUUAUAUUUGAAUAGAUUGGAAACCCUGAUUAAGAAUUUUGACGAAAAUUAUUAUAAUCUUGAUGGAGGAAAUGUAAAUGGCAACAUUUCAAGAAUGGAUGAUAUCUCUGAAAUAGGGAUGGUUUUGUCAUAUAUUUACGUUUGUUUAACAGUUCGAAAGGGUAGUCGUAUUAAUGUUUCGGGAAAAACCUUAUUAGAUAAAAUAUUUGAAUAUAACGACGUUGAACAUGUAUUGGCUUUUUAUCUGGAACUAGCUAAUAAUAAUUGGGAACAUUAUACAAAAAUUAUGACUCCAUAUAUUGUUCGCAAUACUGAAGAAACCCAUAAUCCUGCAGAUGAAUUGUUGAAAUUAAUCCAACAAAAUCAUGAUUGGGUUACUGAAGUAGAAAAGUUUAGUAUGCUUGACUUGGAUUUGCAUGUUUCUGCUCCAAAACAAGUUUUAUAUGAUUCAUUGGUGUCGCUAAUUAAGAAUUUGGUUAAUUGCCUUCAGUUGUCUGAUAAUUUAUUUUCCCCAUUACUAAAAAGACCAGUCACCAACGGAUCUCCCUUUUACAUUAUUCAAUAUUUAUUGGGUCAAGCAAUUGAAUUAUUGGUAGAGACUUGUUGUACUUCUGAGAAUGAUUUAAGUGAUUUAUGGGAUAUUAUGAUUAAUGAUAUAUUGAUAGGAUAUGGAACUAAUGAAGUUAUAUUACGUGGGAUUAUGAAAUAUUUAGAAUUUUUACGGAAACAUUCAAAUAAGAAUAAAACUAGGUUUAGCACUGAUUCUUUACAAAAAAUCUACCCACAUAUUAAGCAUAAUAUUUCCUCUCGUACCCAUCACAAACGACUAUACACAUUAAAAAUAUUAAAUCUAUUCGAUCAAUUUGAUCUUAAGCCUGUAGAAGGAAAUAGAGGAGGAAAUAACAUAACAGGAUUGUGUCAUAUUUUUGAUUUAGCCCUCCAUGUUGAAGAGGUUGAAACUACAUUUUCAUCGUAUCGUGAAAAAAUAAUUCAACUCCAAAGACUAGGAACUUUAGCAUCUACUAAGCAAAUUCCUGAUUUUUAUUCUGAAGUGAUUCCGUUAUUAUGUUUAGGCUUAUUUACAAUAAAUUUUAGCGCGAUAUGGACUGAAGCAACGAAUCUUCUAAUCACAGUUGCUCAAGUUGACCCAAAGAUUUUUUGGAGUAUUAUUUAUAAUGAAAUUUCUAAAUUUAAUGAGGAAACCAUUUUUUUCAAUCCUGGAUUUUCAGAAAAAGUUAUUGGAAUCUAUAAUAACAAUAACAACAAUAAGGAGGCAAAUUUAUAUUUCAAUAAAGAUUUUAUUAAAAAUUGUGUUAUGCUUUUUGUCACGGUUUGUGAUCCGGAACAAGAAAGAUUUGACCACUGGAAUUAUUAUAAUCUUUUGAUUAAAACCCUUAUUGAAGUACCCCAUAUUGUCGAGCAACAUUCAAAACAUUCAGUUCAGGUUCCACAAAACACUAAAAAGAAAUUGAUGCUUUUUUUACAACUUUUUUCCAAAUUCAAAAAUCCCAAAGCAGUAUUUAAGUCAAGUCAAUUACAAAGUAACUACUUGAGAUUAUUAACUUUAGGUGAUGCUAAAAUUCAAGCACUAGCUUUAGAUUGCAUAUUUUCAUGGAAACAUAAAGGAAUUGUUCCCUAUAAAGAUAAUAUUAAGAAUUUAGUUGACGAGACAAAAUUUAGGGAUGAACUAUCCACAUUCUCUUUAAGUAAAGACAAUAGCACCAUUGAGUUUGCACACAGAGCUGAAGUUAUGCCUAUAAUUAUUAGAAUUUUAUAUGGUAGAAUGAUAGAUAGGAAGGGAAAAACAUCUUCUAAGACUGGUAUGGGUGCUCGUAGAGUUGCUGUAUUAUCAGCAUUAAUAAAUUGUCAGGAAUCUGAACUAAGAUUUUUGAUAGAUUUGCUAUUAGAACCUUUCACUGAUUUGGACUUGGGAAGGCACGUUCCAUUUAGAAAACAAAUUGGAUAUUUGCAAUUUCUAGAUGACAUACUAAAGCAGUUGGGAUCUUAUCUAUUACCAUUUAUCUCCGACAUGUUCAAAGUAGUAUUAUAUAUUAUUCAUGAUUCCCAAAAAUUUUUAAACACCAAUGAAAGUUAUCAAGAUAUUAAUAAUAAUCAAGUUCAAAAAUACAAAGCUUUAAGACAACAAGGCAUUAAAAGAAUCACAGGUUUCUUCAAAUUACAUGUAUCAUUUAAUUAUCAAAUAUUCCUUAAUGCCAUGUUUGAAGAUUUUAUCAAUUCAAGAAUUCCAAAACUAAACGUUGAAAGCACUCAAGCACCUUCUGCCUUAAUGGAACUAUUUGCAGUAUGGUCAUCACGAAAAGAAUACUUGCCGUUUUUGGUUAACUAUAACAAUGAGGUAUUACCAAAAAUUUUUGCAUGUCUUUCUGCUAAAAAAGUUCGUGAUUCUGUUGUUUCAAUUGUUUUGGAUAUCAUUGAAAACAUUCUAAAGAUAUGUGAAGAUGAAAUGAAUAAUAACACUGCUAUCGAUGACAAUGAAGGAACUCAACGGUUAGAAAAUGCAUUAACCAACAAAGUAUUGUUACCUCAUAUUUCAUCGCUUUUGGAUAAUUUGGAAUAUUCUCUUUUGAAAUCAAGCCAGAAUACGACAUUGGGAAAAGACGCAUUUUCCAAAAGAGAAAUUAUAAUAUUAUCGAAAAUUGCGGCAUUUGUAAAUAAUGGUGACCAAGCAAGGAAAUUGGUGGAUCUUUUAUUACCAAAUACUCGCAAGUCUUCUCAAAUUAUUAAUGAAGAGAUUAAAGCAAAUAUUUUACAAAUCAUUAUCAACUUUUUACCUAUCAUACCCGGAUUCAUACCUCACACAGAGCUAUUUACCAACUACUAUAAUUAUAUUUCACACGAGUUUCAAUUUUUGUCUUCACGAAAGUGUAGAAUUCUUUUGGUUAAAAUACUUUUGGAAUUUUCAAAAUUAGAUCAUUCUUUAAUUGAAGUUGUAAAAAUUAUUGACGAUCUUAAUUCAUAUUCGGAAAAAAGAUUGGAUGAACCUGAUUUUGGAAAGAGGUUGGAUGCUUUUAGCAGAAUCAAUCAAGAGCUAUACAAAAACUUCAAUACAAUGCAAUGGCUACCAUUACUUCACAAUUUUUUGUUUUUCAUACAAGAUCCAGAGGAGUUUUCAAUCAGAAAUAAUUCAUCAUUUUGUUUAACAAAAUUUAUCGAUUCCGUAAAUGAAUCGAUAAAUCCAACCAGUGAUGACGAGAAAUUAAAACAAGAACAAUUACAAAAUCUUUUGAUUCACGUGAUUUAUCCUUCAAUCAAAAAAGGAAUGAGAUUGUCUAAUGAGUUGAUUCGGGUUGAAUUUCUUACAAUCUUAUCUUAUACUGUAAAAAAAUGUUCAACGAUUCCUCAAUUUUCGGAUAUGAGUUGUCUUUUGUUUGAUGAUGAAGAAGCGAAUUUCUUCAAUAAUAUUCACCAUAUACAAAUACAUCGACGUAUCCGCGCACUUAAAAGAUUUUCAAAUGAAUGUAUUGCUGGAAAUUUAACAAGUCGAAGUCUGGUACAAAUAUUUUCACCACUCAUCAGUCAUUUCAUAUUUGAAUCAGAUAGAAUAAGUGAUCAUUUACUCAUUAAUGAGACUAUAGCUGCAUUAGGCGCAAUUGCAAGUCAGCUUCCAUGGGGCCAUUAUUAUUCACUUUUAAAAUAUUAUAUGAGAUUGAUUCCAAGAAAAACAGCAUUAGAAAAGGUCUUGCUUAAACAAUAUUUGACCAAAUGUGAUAAUGAAACAAUUAUAAUUAGAGUGCCUAUAGCAUUAUCCAUCACCAAGCUUUUAAAAGCUUUACCAGAAGUAUCACUUCGUCGUAAUUUGCCAGGGUUGCUUACCACAAUUUGUCAGAUGCUUAGGAUUCGUCAACAAGAAGUUCGUGAUGUUACGCGCGGCACUCUUAUCAAAAUUUCUAGUUACCUCGGUUCUACAUAUUUUUCUUUUAUUGUUAAAGAAUUAAAAGCUGCGUUGACUAAGGGAUAUCAAUUACAUAUUCUUGGAUAUACCUUAAAUUCAUUGUUAGUAGAUCUGAUUCCUAACCUACAAGUGGGGGAAAUAGAUGAUUGUAAAAUUAUAGAAUUUAAAAAUAUAGGAGUUUUGUUGAUUCCGCUUAAAGAAGUGCUGAGAGAAACUCAGAAUGCAAAGGUUCUUCGUAAAGUUGAUGAUCUUUUACAGAAAUUAGCAAUUGGAUUGAAUUCAAAUUCAAAAUUUGAUAAUGAAGAAAUGAUAGUAUUUUGCCGUGGACUUGUAUCAGAGAAUCUUGAAAUUUCGAAAUCAAGUUUGAAAGUCAAAACUCGUAAAAGUGACAUGGAAAUAAAUUAUACUGUUCAGCUUAAUCGUAAUAUGAAUAAUCCUAUGGAUUACUUUGAUGUGAACUCAUACAGAUUUGUAGAAUUUGGAUUGUCGAUAUUUUUAGCAGCGCUAAAACGCAACAAAUUUAAUACAAGUUCAGAAGAGCAAUUGAAAAUGAUAGAACCAUUGGUGAGGAUCAUUGGAAAUGCAAUGUGUUCUAAGCACCAAUCAAUCAACAUUUUUGCAAUAAAAAUAGUUUGUAUUUUUUGUAAACUUAAAUUAAAAUCAUUGGAAUCUGAUAUGCCAGCGAUUAUAAAACAAACUUUUGUUCUUAUAAGAUCUUCAGAUAAUACCAGUACAGAAUUAGUGCAAAAUUGUUUUAAAUUACUGACAGUAAUAAUACGUGAUUGUAAAAAAAUCGAAUUCAAAGAAAGUCAUUUAGCUUUUAUUAUUGAUUUGAUUAAACCAGAUAUUGAGGAACCUCAAAGACAAAGCACAACAUUUUCACUUAUUCGUGCGAUAAUAUCACGUAAAUUUAUAAUGCCGGAAAUUUAUGAUUUGAUGCAAACAAUUUCUGAAAUAAUGGUUACAAGCCAAGCAGCUAUGACUAGAGACCUAUCUAGACAAUUAUUGUUCCAAUUCUUAAUGGAUUAUCCUCAAGGACGCGGCAGAUUAAAAAAUCAAAUAAAUUUUUUAAUAAAAAAUCUUAAUUAUACUUUUGAGAAUGGUAGAUUAUCAGUGAUGGAAAUGCUCAAUUUAAUAUUCACCAAAUUUAGUAAUGACAUUUUAAUGGAAUACGCGGAAUUAUUUUUCUUGGAGUUGGUCAUGUCAUUGGUGAAUGAUGAAUCGGAUAAGUGUGGUGAAAUGUCUAGUGCUUUAAUUAAAUUAUUAUUAAAAAAAAUGGAUGAACAACGGUUAAAGAAUGUUUACGUUUUAUUAAAGAAAUGGUUUGACCAGUUGGAGAAUAAAAGUUUGCAAAGAAUGUCACUUCAGGUUUAUGGAUUGGUCAUUGAAGCUUUUGGUGAUAAAUUUAAAAAACAUAUUCCUGAAUUGCUGGAAAUGCUGGAAACUUCCUUGAACAUAAUUAGAUAUUAUGCUUUAAGUACAUUUACGAAACUUGUAAAAAGCUUCCCUUACGUUGUUUAUUCCGAAAAAACAAAAAUUAUCUGGUCUCUAAUUGACAAACAUAUUCUUUAUCCACAUGUAUUAAUUCAACUUUCAUCAAGCAAAUUGCUUGGAACCUAUUUUUCAAAUAUUAAUCCAGAGACCAUGAUUAUGGCUGGAACUAAUAUCAAAUGCGAUUAUUUAGACAGAAAUACACUCAAAAAACUUGCUAUAAAAUUUAGUGAUCAGCUAAAAAAUGAAUCCUUAGGAAAGGAGUUGGCAACACAAAUUGACAAAAACAAUACGAAAAUUGACCAUGAUGAAUCGAAUAAAAAAGAUGAAAAUUUAAAACCAACUUUGUAUUGGUUAUUUAAAAGGCUAUCAUAUCAAGUUAGAUUUGCCUCAUUAAAACCUGAUGAUACAGAUUUUCAGAGAUUAAGUAUUUAUCAGUGGUUUGCUGCAAUGGCAACAUCAAUAGCACCAGGAGACUUAGUACCUUAUUUAAUUAUUAUGAUUUCUCCAUUAUAUCGAUUCAUCAACGAUGAGACAAUUAAAGGACAAGAAAUUGCAAAACGUAAAAUAAAAAGGAACGAAAUGAAAAAACAAAAUCGUAAACGUAAAAAUGCAGAUUUUGCAAAGCAAAAAUUAAGAUUUGUACCUUUAUUUAGUUGA